GCGCCCUGGCUGCGGCUCGCGCCGGGCAGCAUGGUGCGCUACGCGGCCGUGUUCCCGGCCGCCGUCGGGUUCUUUAGCGUCGUCGUCCUGACCAUCGCGUGGAACGUCAACAACGCCCGCCACCGCCACGGCGCCGCCGGCUUCGCGCUCAUGCAGGCCGUCGGCCAGUGCGGGCCGCUCGUGGGCACGCGCUUGUACCCGGACGCGGACGCGCCGUAUUACUCGCGCGGGAUGGCGGUCUGUGCCGGGGCGAUGGUGGGCGUGGCGGUCCUCGCGGCGGGGCUGAGGUGGUGGUUGGCGAGGGUGAAUCGGAGGUGGGAUAGGGAGGAGGAGGCGGAGGCGGAAGGGCGCGGCGAGGGCGCGGGCGAGGAUGAGGCGCUUGUGGACGGCGGGGAUGGGGGGAGGAGGAAGAGGGCGUUUCGGUAUAUGUUGUGAUUCAAGAGGGAUUUGUUUUAAUGGGAUCUUUCUUGGAGCUUGCUAGACGGUGGCAUCAAAUGGCUGGUUAAUAUUUGGACAUAGAGGCAAACUUGCGAUUUCCGCGUUCCCAGGGACUGGUUCUUUAAUCACGUUC